ACACAGAUUGCAAAGUCCAAAAAGAACGGACAGUGAGGGAUUUAGUACAGUCAAACACAAAAAACUCCCAUCCCAAGACAACUGAGCAGAAUGGUUGCAAACAUCAAGACUCUUGUCUGCAUUGGACUUGCUGUUGUUUUAACAGGUGUGGGAAAAUCUGCCUUUAUUGGAAAAAGUCACAGUGGGGGGAAAGAUAACCUGGUUCUGCAGUAUGUAGUUAACAACUCCCUAAGGGAGCAUCCAGUCCUCACCAAACUCAGACUGAGAACCCUUGACGAUCAAUGGAACAGAAUGAUGGUGGCAGCAGAGCAAGCCCAGUUUAUGGCAAAUCUCAUACGACUGGUCAAUGCCACAAAAGCAAUUGAAAUAGGGAUGUACACUGGAUACAACGCUCUGAGCAUGGCUUUGGCCAUGCCAGAGAAUGGACAAGUGGUAGCUUGUGAAAUAGAAGACACCUACAUAGAAAUAGCCAAACCCUUUUUUAAAGAGGCUGGAGUGGAAAAUAAGAUUGAUGUUCAGCAUCAAAUUGCACUUAAAACUCUGGAUGAGCUGACGGCAGCUGGGGAAGCUGGAACAUACGACUUUGUGUUCAUCGAUGCUGAUAAAUCCAACUAUGACAGAUACUAUGAGAAGUCUCUGGAGCUCAUAAGAAAGGGUGGUAUAAUUGCAAUCGACAAUGUGCUGUGGAGUGGAAAGGUUAUGAACCCUGCGCCCAAUGAUACCACGUCACAGACUCUGGAUGCUCUUAAUAGGAAGAUACACAAGGACCAGAGAGUUGAACUGAGCAUGCUCACUGUGGGGGAUGGGCUCACCAUCGCUAUUAAACGCUAAUGGGGGAGUUUUUACCACACAAAUGUGUUGAACUUAUAAUGAUACUAUUCAUUAUUUGAUUAAACCAUUUACUCCCUGUUUACGUUCUUUCUGUAAAUUCAACUCUUAUUAGUCUCCACAGUUUUAGACAUCAGUAUUAUGUCAUAAGGGCUAAUUAUAAAUAUAUAUAUAAAAACAUUUUGAGCUUUUUCGACUGCCCACGAUGUCCUUCUGUUUAUCGCAUGUGGGCAAAGAAAGCAAGACCACAAGUGAGAAAACAAGAGAAUAGGGGGGAGGGAACUGGUGCCAGGACAAGAAAGAAAGAGCGAGAGAGGGAAAGAAAAGAAACAAAACAUUUCCUACUGUUAAUUUACAUGUUCAGGCAAGUGGGAGUGGUUGUGACAGAAUACCUAUAGCAUCUAUAUUUGAUCACUUUAUAUCUGAAAUGUAAAAUACUAACAAAUGGUUGAGAGUCAUAAUUUUACUGUCCUGAUUUACACUAAACAGAGACACCAUUAGAGGAAAAUACAACUGUAUUCUGUUUUUAAAUAUACAAAAUGGAACAUGUUCAAUGUCUUUUUAGUAUCACGACUACCUUAGAUUGAGAUAAAGAUUAAAACCAGACAAAAACGACCAGCUGAAGUUAGACUGGAUUAUUCCCCAAUGAUAAGCUGAUUGUUAAAACAUUGUUUUAAUUGUGCAACCUUUUAAUCUAUGUGUAAAAAAUAACACAAAGCAAAAUAAAAUAAAAAAA